AUGCAUACAGCUACUACUGCAGCUGUAGGUUGGAGUGUUGUUCUUCUCGUGGCGGGUGGAAUUUACUUUGCAAGUAAUCAACGAAAGAACAAAAAUAAACGCACCGCGACCAACAAAGUGGUCUCGAGAUCAACUGAGUCUCGAAAGGAACAACAACUUACAAAGAAGCUUCGCAAAGAUGUAGGUUCAGAGAGUGGUGAGAAUGUAACUCGACAGACCAAGAAGAAACAAAAUAAGUCUCUCAAAUCCAAGACCACAAAACAAAAUCAGUCCCGCGAAGAAGAGGAGCUUCAUAGGUCAAAUAAUACUGAGAAAAUUUUGGACAUUGCAGAAAUCAAAGAACAUACAUUAACAUCUCAGCCUGCUCAUAAACCAAAACCAGUGAAGCAAGACUGUUUUGAAGAAAAACAACGAUGCGAAAGCUUAGAAAAUACCACAGGAAACGAGGCAGACGAUGAGUCAGCAUUUGCUUCAUCUAAACAAAGCCUUGCAGCCGCUGCUCCAAGUUUUUCCAACGAUGAUGUCUCUGAUAUGCUCGAAAUGCCACAAGUUCAUCCUGGUGUUCUUAAGAUUAAAAAAAGCAACGUCAAAACCGACAGAAGGCAAAGGAUGCAGCCCUUGCCAGAAGCGAGGAAGAACAAGCCCGCAAAGUGA